AUGUCCCUGGUACAGUAUUCUGAUUCAGACUCCGAGGACGCCGGCGAUAAGGAAUUAUGUCUGCCUACGCCUACGACUGCGACUGCGCCUACGGCAGCCAAGCGCAAACGCGCCGCUAGUAUCGACCUCCCUCCGCUUCCCGCAGCCUUCCACGACCUCUACGCGGUCGGCGCACGUGUCGGCACCACCGACGACCCCAGUCUACACGGCGGCCGUAAGCGGGCCAUUCCUCACAUCGAGGGCAAUUGGCCAAGCCAUGUAUAUAUAGAGUGGCAACCCACCCCCCACGAAUCCACAGCCCUCCUCUCCCUCCUAACCCACAUCCGCACCCUCCUCGUCCAACACUCCCCCAACAACCCCCCAAAUCUAACCCCCCUCCUCCACACCCCCCUCUCCACCCCCCUCCCCCUCCACAUCUCCCUCUCCCGCACCCUGCACCUAAAAACGCCAACCCGCACCCCUUUCCUCGCCUCCCUAACCGCGCAUAUAACCAGCGCCCGCGUGCCCCCCUUCCGCCUCGCCUUCCACAGCUUGAAAUGGGUCCCGAACGCCCUGCGCAAUCGCUGGUUCCUCGUCCUGCGCCUCGCGCGCCCGGAGGGGGAUGCGCUGAAUAGGCUGCUGGGGGCGUGUAAUGCGGCGGUGGGGGGGAGUGGGUUUUCCGGGCUGUAUGAGGGGGGGGAGGGGGAUGGGCCGCAGGACGCUGGUUCUGGGGGUGACGGCUCGGAGGGGCAAGACGGGGCUGGGAAGACGGAUUAUUCGGACUUUUUCCAUGUGAGUAUUGCGUGGAAUCUGGAAGAGCCGCGGCCGGAGUGGAUUGCGCUUGUUGAAAGUGUGGAUUUUAGGACGCUGGUGAGGGACCCGGAGGCGAGGGUUGAGGCUGUUAAGGUGAGGAUUGGGAAUGUGGUGCAUUGUAUUGGACUUGAUGCGCGGGGGGGUGGGGUGGGAAGGGGAAGGGGACGGGGUCGUGGACGGGGACGGGGAGGGUUGGGAUUGAGGUGA